UCGUUAAACAAUAGAAAUUCGACAUUGAGUAUGUUACUAACUAAACAAUUUUUAACAACGCGUUAUCAUUUUAACGGGCAUUUUAUGAUUCGAAUGAGAUAUUUGAAACUCCUAAUCACACGUACAACAAUUUACAUAAACACAUUUCCACAGAACCCCACUCAUUAUAUAGUACACAUUCGGCAUAUAUCUAACAUAUACAUGAAAUAUAUUUGACACGGAAAAUGAAAUAUGCACUAAUUAUUCGCACAUAUGUUUUUUCUCCGUGAGGGAUAGGUGCAAAAAUACAACUAGCUUAUUAAUGUUGCAACUGACUCGUGCCCAGAGCCGAGAUAAAUGUGAAUAUUCAAGAAAGGCCCAUGGACACUAUUCGAAACAUGUCAGACUAUUUCGUGAUGGAUCACGUCGACUUGUGUCUCUACGAAAUAUAUUCCCCCGACGAUGAACGUUUCAGUCGACGUCAAGCCGUUCUGCCGUGCGGCCACAUUCCUCGGCUCUCCUCGGUGCUCAUUAGCACCCACUCAAUUACAAAAUUACAGCAAAAACGACAAUUAAUAUUCUGUAAUUGAUGAGGAAAAAUCAUUCCCUCAGAGAAAACACACCUUUCUGUUGCAACUAAAAAAAAAAAAAACAAACAAAUUCACUGGCAGUUUAACUCGGCAAAUUUAAUCAGUGGGGACAUACCUGCAAGUGGUUCGAGUGACUUUUACCGUGUUUAUGACAUAAUUAUAACUCAAUGUGCUCUGAUAAAUGAAUAAGACUGUGAAUAUGGAAUAUUUCGGUGCUGUAGUUCUGCUUUUAUUCUUUGGUAGCGCUUUCGGGGCUCCUGUCGUUGAUGAUCGUACAUUUCAAUUGAAGAUCGUACAUACCAAUGACAUGCACGCGAGAUUCGAGGAAACCUCUAGGCUGUCCACCAAAUGUCUGGAGAAGGACCAAAGGGCUGGUAAAUGCUAUGGCGGAUUUGCCAGGCUUGCAACUUUGAUAAGAAAGGCAAGAGCAUCUAGUGUUCCAACUCUAUUUCUCAAUGCUGGAGAUACCUAUCAGGGAACCACUUGGUUCACUGUUCACAAGUGGAAAAUCGUCGCUACUUUCUUGAAUCUACUGAGCCCCGAUGCCAUCUCCCUGGGAAACCACGAGUUCGACGAUGGUCCAGACGGUCUGACUCCAUUCCUGAAUGCCACGACGUUUCCAGUACUGGCCUCGAACCUGGACCUGUCCAAGGAGCCAGAGCUGGCAGCCUCGCCCCUAAAAAAAUCUAUUGUCCUGACAGUAUCCGGGCGGAAGAUCGGAAUAAUCGGUUACCUAACCCCCGAGACAAAAUUCAUAGCAAACUCGAGGAACGUCAACUUCCUGGACGAGAUCACCUCUAUCAGGGAAGAAGUGAAAAAUCUCCAAGCACAAGGAGUGAAUAUCCUGAUAGCCCUGGGUCACUCAGGCUUCUCCAUGGACAAGAGAAUAGCAGCAGAGGUCGAGGGGAUCGACCUCGUCAUCGGUGGCCACACCAACACCUUUCUCUACACCGGGCAUCAGCCAGACCUCGAGACUUCUGAGGGCCUCUACCCCACCGAAAUUAUCCAGGAAAAAACUCGACGAAAGGUCUACGUCGUUCAGGCAUACGCCUACACCAAGUACCUGGGGAAUCUCACCCUGGACUUCGACUCCCAGGGGGAAAUCGUAGGAAUUGUUGGUGAUCCUGUCCUCGUCGAUAGCAAAAUCGAACAAGCAAAGGACAUCCUUGACGAAUUAGACAGAUGGCGACCCGAAAUCCUGGAGCUACAGAAUCAGGCUGUUGGUUCUGCUCGGGUACUCCUCGACGGUGACUCCAAAAACUGCAGGAGAAAAGAAUGCAACUUUGGCAAUCUCAUCGUCGAUGCCAUGAUCGAAUACAAUGCACUGGAGUAUGCGGGAGGCAAUGGAUGGACGGAUGCAGCAAUCGCCAUUCAUAAUAGCGGAUCCCUGCGAUCAUCCAUUGAUCGAGAACCGGAUGAUAAUAACAGUGGAAUGGGAAAAAUAAAAAUGACUGGACGAGUGUUGAAACAAGUCCUAGAGUGGAGUGUUUAUAAUUUGGAUUACAAUUACACUGCGGACCUCAGAGGAGCUUUUCUUCAAUUAUCUGGGCUCCAGGUGGAUUACGAUUUAUCUCAGCCAAAUGGGGCUAGAGUGGUGGCUGUUUACGCGAGAUGUAGUUCAUGUAGAAUUCCAGUGUUUGAUCCGCUCAAUGAUGAUGAAACUUACGUUGUCCUUGCCACAGACUUCCUGCAGGCAGGUGGAGAUGACUUUAAAAUGCUGAAGGACUUGGAGUGGACUGCUUCAGGUAUUACUACUGAUCAAGUGGUCGCCAACUACAUAAAACGUCACAGUCCGGUCUACCCUGGGGUAGAAUGGCGAAUAAACUACAUAUCCACUGGAAAUUCAGAGGUAACUCCAGCUGAUGGCAAAGAUAAGGUGACAGGGGGUAGCGGUUUGAGUUCGUUUUCAUCGUUGAUGUUGAUACCGACGAUUGCUUUAAUCCUGGGUCGAUGAUAAAUCAUGAGGAGUUUCAUCAUUUCAAGUUUUCCACCCAAUUGUCAUUUCAAAUCCUGCCAUUGGAUCAAUGGAAUUGAAGUAGAUUCACUUAUUAUUUACUCAAAUCGUAAUUUUAGUAAUUGAUUCAAUUCAGAUUAAUGAUGAUUCCAUGAGAACUAUCACUGAAUUGUUUUUUUUUUAUUUGAUUUGAUUUGAAUGCCUGUUAAGUCCUCCAGACUUUGUCAAUUAUGAUUUUAAGCCCAUAUCCUGGGACAGUCAAGAAAUGUCUUCCAUUAAAAUUUUUAAUACACCACGAAAUUCUUUUUUUGCGCUGAGUUCAAUGGAUUUUCAAGGAUUUUCCUUUUCCUGAGGUAUUCUAUAUUACUUUGAAUAAAAUGCUCAUGUAAUCCCUGGGGAGAAAACGAAAUAAAAUUUCCCUUCUCCCUAAGAAAUCAUCUUCCAAUUUUUAUUGAACGAAUUUUUUAUUGAAACAUAUAGAUUAAUAAAGAAAUAAUAACGCACUGAAAGAAUUUUGUGAGCUCGGUAUUGAUUCACAAUAAGGGUGUGGUACAUUUUAAAAAUUUAGAACUGAAAACGACAGGAAAUUGUAUUUCCCCGUACCAAUAAUGAAAUUUAGAGAAUUCUCCAGAAUUUGUGAAAUUCUCAAUUAAAGAAAGUGUUCGUUUUAAGUUCUGGGAAGGAAAUUAGCUAAUAUUCCUUUUCCCUAGAAGAAAUGACAUUUUGAUUGUCCUUUUCAUGACUUAUGAUUUUUCAUUCAAAUAUGGAGAUUAAUAAAAGAAUAAUUGAUGAUGUAAGAAUAAUAAUGGGCCAAGGCACUUUUUAAACUUGUUUGGUAAAAAAAAAUAUUAUCUGAAAUGUGUAAAUGAUAAACUAAAUGAAAUAUUCUCUUUAAUAUUUGAGAGAAAGCAAAAUAAAAUUACUAUUUUUCUAUGAGA